AUGUCUAAGGAAUACGUUCUUGUCACUGGCGGUGCUGGAUACAUCGGCUCACACACUGUCGUUGCACUGCUCGAAGCUGGCCGCAAUGUUGUUGUUGUUGACAACCUUUCUAACUCUUCCGAAGAAGCUUUGGAGAGAAUCAAGAAAAUCACCAAGGUUGAUGACAUUCCCUUUUUUCAAGUUGAUAUCCGUGACACUGCUGGUCUCGAGAAGGUCUUUGACGCCUACCCCACUAUCACUAGCGUUCUGCACUUUGCUGGCCUUAAGGCUGUAGGAGAGUCCACCCAGAUCCCCCUCGAGUACUAUGACCAAAACGUUAGUGGUACUAUUAACCUCACUAAGGUGCUCAAAUCUCGUGGUAUUAAGAAAUUUGUCUUUUCAUCCUCCGCUACUGUCUACGGUGAUGCUACUCGCUAUGAAAACAUGAUUCCAAUUCCUGAGGAGUGCCCCACUAGUGGUGAGUCGCCAUACGGCCGUACCAAGCUGUUUAUCGAGCACAUUCUCCGUGAUUACACUCUCUCGAUCCCAGGAACUUACACAGCCCUGCUUCGUUACUUUAACCCUAUGGGUGCGCACCCGUCCGGUCUUAUGGGCGAAGAUCCUCGUGGCAUUCCUAACAACUUGCUGCCCUACCUGGCUCAGGUUGCUUCAGGCCGCCGUCGUGAGCUGCAGGUUUUUGGCAACGACUACGAUUCCCGCGAUGGUACUCCUAUUCGUGAUUACAUCCAUGUGCUUGAUUUGGCCUUAGGUCACUUGGCUGCACUCAAGAAGCUUGAGGAAGUUGAGGCUGAGGAGAAGGCUGCUACCGAAGCUCCUACUAAGGGAUUUUGUCGUGAAUGGAACUUGGGCACUGGCCAUGGUUCUACUGUCCUUGAGGUCAUUGCAGCUUUUUCCAAAGCUGUUGGCAAACCUCUCCCUUACCGCAUUGUCGGUCGCCGUGCCGGUGAUGUGCUUGAUCUUACAGCAAAGCCUACUCGUGCUAAUACUGAGCUCAAAUGGAAGGCUGAACUGUCCAUGGAUCAAGCUUGCGAGGAUUUGUGGAACUGGACUAGCAAAAAUCCUUAUGGUUACAGCAAUGAGCCUGAUUCUACUGACGAGACUCCAGCUUCUAUUAAAGCUUAA